GGAGCGUACCCGAACACAGUCCUUCGGUAGUGGCGCCGCAGGUCGUGAGAGGAGGAAAGAGGAAAGACUGCAACUAUUCUGCCUCCAUAUACCCGCAAACCCGCCCGUCCCCGCCUUUCCCCCACACAUGUAGCGAUGCACCCCAGGUCAGGCGGCGUGCCCAGGAAGGUGGUGGGCCGGAGCAAGGCGGUGGAGUGGAAGACAUCGAGGAAUGGCGGCUGUGACGAGGCGGCGCUAGGGUCAGCCUCCAUGGCGAGCCUCGGCAGCACCACCACCUCGGGGACGGAGGCCGUGGUCUUCUCCAUACAGUUCUACGGCAAGACCAUUGGUGAGGUGGGGCUGCUGGACCAGGACCUGUCGGAGCUGGACUGGACCAAGUUUAAGUCGUACAUCUUUCAGAACUUGCUGAGUGUAAAUCACCAGGAGAACAUAUGUGUCAGCUACAGUGAUGAUGAGGGAGAUAAACUCCCUAUUGAGUCUGAGGAAGAGUACCGGGAGGCCUUGAAGGUGGCCAAAAAGAAGGCAGAGGCUCAUGACAAACUGGUGUUGGACAUUACACGCCAGGGCAGCCUCCCCACAGUGUUCUCCAUUGUGUCAUCGGGGAUCAAGCGGGUUAGCUCCUCCCCACCUAAGGAAGGGGGGAUCUCUUUCUUCAAGACUGCCUCACCACCCAAGGAGUCCACAAGUUUUGGGGGAAGGAGUAAUGGACAGGACAAGAGAAGUUUCCCAUCGUUGUUCUCCACUGACAGAGGUGAUGGAGAAGUUUCAGGUGGAGGAACGAGGCCCAAGGAGUCAGGGAGCCUCGACCAGCCUCCAAAAUGGUUCACUACCUACAUGAAUAAGUUCCGUGAAGACCUGUGUGAGGAUGUGGUCACCAAACUGGCACAUUUGAUAAGGGAGGAAUUGGCUAUUGCUCCCAAGGAUGAUCAGGAGAAACCUCAAGAAUGUUCAGAAGGUAAAGGUAAUGAAUCACCCCUAGCCUUGGUUGCGUCCAGGACCCCAAGAGUAAAGAGUGACCUGCUGGACCAUUCACAGCCUUUCGAAUUUCCACAAGCUGAAUUUAAACUUAGAACUUUAAACUCAAAACCAAAAUUUACUUGCAAGAGUUUAAUAAGGGCUGAGGGUGAUGUACAGCAGGACAGUUCACUGCCAACACAACUCAAAGUCACUUGCCCUCCUGCUUACAAUAAUUUUUUGGCAGAAAGUGGCCACCUGAAAAAUGACUCGGCAGCACCACUUGAACUCUAUGUGGCCCGAAAGAAUCAGAGAAUAUCAAGUCAUCUUCAGAAGAGAAGUAGUUUCCAGCUCAAAAAAGGCUGCUUAAAGGAGAGAAGGUCUGGUAUGGAGAAGUGUGCCAAGAAGAAAGAAGAAAAUGCAAAAGACAAUAUUGAGAUGAGAGGCAUUGAACUUCAAUUUAAUAAUCCCCAGAAGAAAAGCAGCUUCCAGAUUACGUUUACAGAAGGGAAAGAGAGUUCAGAUGAAAAAAUACAAGAUUUGGAGAGCCAUUUCAAAAACAAGAAUGGAGAUGCAAAAGAGAACAUGAAGGGCUCUGAUGGUGGGGUCAAACGCAAAAAAAGUGGAAAGGAUGAGGAUAAGGUCACCAAGUGGCUUGAGAGGAUGGAGGAGAAGAUGGCUAAGAAACAAGGAAAGAUGGAAGAAAGAUUUUCAAAGAAGCAUGAAAAGUUGGAGGAAAGACUCAUGAAAAAACAAGAAAAACUAACUGAGAGAUUAAAGAAACAGCAAGAAAAAGCUGAGAAGAGAAAAUCAACCAGCAAUUGCAGCCGGCUUCUAGAGAUAGAGAAGAGCAGCCGUACUCAGGGGAAGGUGUUGGCCAAGAUGGAGGGUCUGAGGAAGAAACAAGCUUGCACUCCCGAGGAGCUCAGCAAACUGCGCAAGGUUGUGGACAAGCAUCACCGAGCAGCAGACAAGCAUGGUGAUGGGACCCUGGCUGAGCAGAGGUACCUGAGACGCUCUGAUCGGAAGGCCGGGAAAUCCAGGAAAAUAGAUAUUGAUCGGAAGGCUUACCCUGUAGAUGCAUCCCUCCUGCACAAGGCUCUCUUGGAGUUGGAGGCUCUAGCUGAGGACUCCCCAACUGAGAGUCACAAGUCUGCCAUCCUGGGCUAUAAUGCUUUCUAUGUUAAAGACAUCACCUACCCAGAUGGGUCUCAGGUACCACCGGGAGCCCAGUUUGUGAAGACCUGGAGGGUGCUGAACUCUGGAGUGAUGCCUUGGAAUGAAAAGACUGAGGUGUGUAAGUGGACUCAGGUGCAGUUCCAAGGCUCGCCUGUAGACUGGAAGCUGAAACCCCUGGAGAAGAAGGUGGUGUGCCCUCCCCUGAAACCUGGCGAGUGUGGAAACAUCUCCAUCACCUUCAUUGCACCGGAUGAGCCUGGCUGGUAUGCCACCCACUGGAGGUUCUGUCAGCAAGGCCGUGUGUUUGGAAACCAGAUUUGGUGUGCUGUGUACGUCACCAGCAACGCAAACUCUGACACUGAGAGCCAGACAAAGGUUGCUGUUGAUAAGUCAGACUCUGAUGGAGCUCUGGGAGCAGAGGGAACAAGCACUGAAGAAGAAAAUGAAGAAAAGGAGUGUGAAGAACAGUCAUCCUCUGACGAACAAUCUUCAGAAGAGGAUGUACCAAACUUUAUGGAUGCCGCAAAGGAUGUGCAUGACACAGAAAAUGCCACAGCAGAAGGUUCAGCUAAUGCAACAUCUGAUGACAUCCCUGAUCUUGAAGCUGAGCCUGACUCAAAUGAGGGGGAGGCGAGUCAGCAGUCAGAGUACGAAGUUGGCAUCAUUGAAAACUACUAUGAUGCGGAGGAUUCCACAGAGGAAGAUACCCAGAAGUGUGUGGAUACAUCAGACCAAGAGAGUGCCAAUGAUCUUGAAGCUACAGCAGAACCCAACAAGGAUCUGAUAUCAUUUGAAGAGGAAGCAGAACUUAUCCCUUCAGGAUCAGCUCUAAAUGAGGCACACAGCGAUUCAGUGGUAGUUCAUUCAGUGAUGCCACUGAAAGACAUGGCAAGAGAGUCUGUAGAUACCUUGAACUUCCUGAAGGAUUCUGUUGUAGUGCAGAAUGAAGACAAGUCUCAAGACCCCGUGGAGGGCGAUGCUCUGGAUGAACUGAGCUUCUCUAGCGGCUCAUUCUCUGAUCUGGACUCUGAAGACCAAGCCAUUUUGAAUGAGUCUGAUACUGAUAUUUCUGACCAAGAUUAUUUUGUUGUGACCAUGCCUGAGUGUUUUGACCUGACGCUUCCAUAUUCAAGUGUUGCUGAGUCCAGCCAACAGAAUGCACCACACGGCAUAACAAACAGCAUUCCGGAAGCUGAGCGCCCUGACUCUCCAGAUUUCUUGACUGCAGAUGAAGACGACCGAGCAACAACAGCUGCCAACAAGAAAUACCAGGAAGAAUCAGCAACCAGAACCAGGAGCACUGCUGAUGACAAUGAAGCCAGUAGCCAUUCUGGAUCUGUACUGGAAAAUGCCCGGACAACUGAUGCAGAGGAGAGACACCAGGGUACCCAGGGCUCAAGGAGUAGUGGUAACAGCAUGCCCUCCCUUCCCCUUCCUCCCACUGAAACAAGGGGCUUCAUGGAUAUUCCCCCGGAGGCCUUGCGAACAAACUUGGCUAUCAAUUUGUACAAAGAAAAUUCAACACGACCUGAUGCAGAACAACAGCUGAAGCAUCAGGAGUCAGGCCGGGCUAACUGGGGCCUGGGAGCAGAGGAACGGCAGGAGGUUGUCUGUGAGCAGCCGGUCUCAGCUCAGAUGAAGACUGGAGCAUCCCCACAGAGCCAGUCCAAGCCAUCUCCCUCUGCUGGUGGUAUGCCAGAGAGUAAUACAAGUCAGAGAGCAGCAGUAGGAAACACGCCUGAGCAAGCAAGUGUUGACGGCGCCGCUGCAGCUCUCCCUGAUGAACGGGCAAGCAUCAUCCCGGACGAGUUGGUGAGCAUCAUUCCUGAAGACCUUGUGCGUGGUGUUUGGAACACGGCGCGUACCUUCAUCACCCUCAUCAACCAGGAAAUGCAUUCCCCCUCUGCUAAUGGUCCAGCAAGCGUUGGUGAUGGUGAGGGUGCCGCUGCGAGUCCCACCCCCCCAUGCCCCACCCAGGAGCCUCCCCAGAAAGAAGAAAGAAGGAAAGAAUCACCCCAGGCAGCCACACCAGAGGCAGGGGAGGAGCCACCAAGCCUUCCACCACCACUUCAGCAGCUGGCAGACAUGGGCUUCAGCAACCAUGAAAUGAAUCAGUGCCUGCUCACCAAGUACAACAAUGACGUGGCUUGUGCUGUGGCUGAGCUCAUUGUUCUCAACUGUCAGUGAGGCGGAUGCUGUAUUGCUCCUCUGUCCAUAGUGUCAUCCAGGGGUGGUGACAUUGCAAUAUUACCCUCUUAUCACUAAAGGUUUUAGCGCAGAUGAAGCACCAGUUUUAGCGAAGCACUUCUGGUGAGCAUUAUAUAUUUCAUACUGAUGAAGUGCAAGUCUAACAGGUAUAUUUUGCUUGUCUGAGUAGAAGUUAGUGUUAUAUAUUAUGAAUAUAUAUAGUAUUGGUCCUACAUGCAGGUUCAGUCAGAAUAAUCAUUUUACAUCUUCAUAGUGAUCAUCGUUAUCAUUAUCAUCAUCAGCUACAUCAGAAAUUUCAUUUUUCGUAGCAGCCAGGGUGGGAGUCCAGACUCAUGUAAUCGUUGAGAGAGGUCUUCAGAGCAGAAUAGAUUGCACACACACACAUGUGAGGAGUCUAGAGCUCGAGGGGCGAACAUGCCAUCAUGGGGGAUUUUGAGUUUUCGUCUGUUUCCGCUAGAUGGAAGCACUGUGCAACCUUCUGUGAACGUGAAAAUGGGAAAUUGGUCUCUAUGGCCCAGUAGAAGGGUGGUGAGGGUAGCGUGUUUUUGCUUGUCUGCAGAGUGUAUGAAGUCAUCUGUAUCAGGGCUCUUAGAGUGCAGAGCACUAGUAAACCUCAUAAAACACCUAAAUAUGGAAAUUUUGUUUUGAAAUUUUUAACUGGCUGUUAGUUACAUCAUGUUCUCUUAAUUUCCGAGUUUGGAUUAAAUCGGAUAAUAAAGAUGCAUUAAUAAAAAACACCCAUACGUGUUUGUUUGUGUUUUUUUUUAAUAAUUAACACAAUUUCACACAAACACUGAUUCCAUCAAAUUUGUUUAGCUGAAAACUUUCUAUUGAUGUAUGGUGAUAUUGCUAUGUGUGUUUUUCAUUAUGUUUUUGCUAUGCCUGACUUUGAAGGCCUUUAUCUCAAAACAAGGUAAUUGGCUUGUUCACCCCUUGAGCAAUAGACGCCUCAUAUACACUCACAUUUAUCCAGGGAUGGAAGUGAAAGCAUGAGGUGCUUGAUAUACAUCAUCCUUGGGAGGAAAUAGUUCAUCCUUAGGAUCACCAGAAUGUUUGGUGAAAAGUCUGAGACAAGAUUUAGUAAGUUGUGAUUUCUUUUUAUGUUUGAGGAAAGCACUGGGAGUAAGAAUCAAGUAGAAUACCUUAGUUUGCCAAGUAACAUGUGGAGCAGAGGCACAAGGAGCCAGUGGUAAGAGUAGCACGGAUGUUGACCAGCCUCUGUUUGUAGGGUGGUUGUGUAAUGGCUGUCGUUGAUGAAAGAGUUUAGUGUGUCUCUUAGUUUAUCUUUGAAGUGGGUUGUAGUAUGAUAAUAGUUGACUAACAUGAGUACUUUACCCAAGCAUUGCAGACUUUAAAUAAGUGUGGAUCAGUGUUACAUGUUCAUAAUCAUUUGAAUUUUUUCAUGGUUUCAGGCAAACUGAUAUCUUAUAUAUAGAUGAAAAUACUUUUAGGAUGUGAUAAGGUAGUAGCAUUUAUGCCUGCCUCAUAGUUUUAGAAAGAAACUGAAUCUCGUUUAGUUUACGUAUAUGAAUUAUGUAUGUUUUCUCUAUGUAUGACAGGUUAUAUAUUUUUUAGCCAGUUUAUGAAUAUUAAUGGAAGAUGUUGACUAUGUGGUGAUUUCACUGUCUUAGGUAAGUUCUGGAUCUCUUUGCUUUGAUUUUUUUAUUUAGAGUAAAUGAGGUGACUGGGUCCAAAGGAUAACCAUGCUGAGGAUGUGUGUGAAAGUCAUAUUUGUCAAAGACUGAGUAUGACCAUGUCCCUUGCCCCCUCUCAGCCACCUUUCCAUAGUCCUCCCAGGUGUAUUGAAGGGUCAAGGUGAGCCCAUGUUGUUGGUGUGCUAAUACACUAGUGCAUUACUUAUGGACAGCAUCACCAACAUAUAAGAGAACAGAUGAACAAUGGAAAGUUUCUUGGAGACAAAAUACAAUUUCCCAAACAUUUACAAAAAAUCUGAAAUUCUUUUAUAGUCUUUGCCAGCAUCUUGCAUGUUGCAGAUGGACUUUUAUAUUGGUCAAGGCCAGAAAUUUGGAUAUAUCAUAAAUUGAGGACAUUUUCUAACAAUCCAGUAGUUGAUGUGGAUAAUUCUUCUCAUCCAACUAACUGCAUUUUAUUUUUUGUUGCAGUCAUGUUAAUCUGUAGGAUGAUUUAUGUUCCAUGACUGCCUGAAGUUUCUUAUGGGAUGGUUGAACAAAUUAUUGACUGACUGAAGGAAGAAGUGAGUAUUAGUUGUUCAUUUGAAUAUAUUUGCUGGAUAUUUUCUGCAGCACCAGAGUAACUGCAAGAUAAAUAGGCACACAACUAACCUAAAAUUAAUCACCAGGUUUUUGUAGUUUGACUUUCAGAAUUUUUAAGUUUCACAAGAUAAAAUCAUAUAUUUGUGUGCUUCUGAUAAUUUUUAGGUUAUAUAGUUUUAUGUAGUGAGAGUGGUAAGUCUUUGCACAUGCCUUUCAUUGACAGGUGGCUCAAGUCAGCUACCUGUGAGCCAAGGCAUAAAGACAGCUCCCAUUAGUUUCUGGCUAGUCGGGUGAGGUGUUAAAAGGUACUCAAGGAACUGCUGAGGAAGGAUCUUGGGAAUGAUAGAAUGGCAUCUUUGUACUUUGUGUGGUUGGGUGUAUGUGUGUGCUUGCAUACGUGUGUUAUCCGUUGCGGUUUUGAAUGGCAAGAUCAACAUGGGGCCAAGACAAGUCCUCUGGUGAUCAAAUUGAAAACACAAAAUGCAGUCGUGCUGAUUUUUUUGUUGUUGUUGCAUUUACUUUUGUUCCUCGAUAAUUUAUUUGAUCCUUUUACAGGUAAGGAAUAUUUAAUGAUAGAAGUGAUGCUGUGGGUGUUUCCAUUCUGAGCAAUGUGCACCCCAGCAUUGUGUAACAUUUUAUUUGAUUUUAUAUUGAUAUUUAUUUGCAGAUAUCUUCAGUAAUUGUAGAAUGUAAUUUUAGGAGGAAUAUAAGCACAGAAAUUGUUCUCCAUACACACACACACACACACACACACACACACACACAGAAGAAAUAAAAGUGGUACAGGGACUACAUUAAUACUUAUCAUAAAAUGUGUGUGAUGUUUUGCCAUGAAGCCAUUUCAAUGCAAAAUUAUUAUUAUUAUUAUUAUUAUUAUUAUUAUUAUUAUUAUUAUUAUUAUUAUUAUUAUUAUUAUUAUCAUCAUUAUUAUCAGCCCAUUUUUAUUACAAUUACUACUUAUUAAUGUAACUUUAAGCAAGCACAAAUGUACUUGGAGAAGAAUGUAGUGUUAGUAUUAAUGAUGUAUUUUACUUUUUGAAGCGGAGGUUAAGCCUUGCACAGGAAGUAGCACUGUCCACACUCUUGUUUUCAGCUUCGUUAAUAGUAGUUUCGGUAUUCAUCUAACACCUUCUAGGUUACCUGAGGCUUUAUACCACUAAAAAGUAGUCGGCAACUAGUUUGUGUUGUUUGGUCAUAAAAAUUUUCAGUUUUUGUGUUACUUUUGUAUGCAUUCAUCAUGCUAAAAGCAAGAUUAAGGAACACACUCAUUGAUAUUUAACAUGCAUCAUGUCUUGGUAAAUGAGUCAUAGGGACAACCCACCUUGUUGGCAGUGCAUCAGGUGGUCCCACCCAAGAGGUGUAUCAAGUACUGACUAAUAUAUUAAAAAGGAAAUAUUCAAACAUAUAUUAUGCUAUGUAAUAAAAGAUGUAAAAUA